UCAUUGAUCUGCCAAAAAAGAUCCGACAGACUGUACGUUUUGAAGUAACACAUUUUCAUUGUGCAGUGGUUUUCGCCCGCUGAUAGAGAGUGAAUAUGUGAUAAAUAACAUUGUUAAGUACGAUAUAUUAAAGGAAUUCGAAUUUUCUUUGGAUCAAAUAAAUUGGAUUAACGAUUUUAGAGGAUUUGACAAACUCGCGUUAUCGGAAUGAUCAAGUGUAGGAUAAAGGGAGGAUUUGAAAACUAAAGCAUUUAAGUGACAUGAAUAUCAUCGGUUUUUAUGAAAGUUUACAGAAAUGUUCGGAUUACGGGUACCUCUAUCGAAAUCAUUGACAUCAGCAGAUUUUGAUGGAGUUCAGGCGAUUCUUUAUAACAGCAGCCUGAGAGAACCUUCACACUGGCUGUCAAAAGUUAGCAAGGCUGGAGAAAUUUUCCAUCUUGAAAUAGAAGAUGCCUCUGAUUCACAUGACUUCCCCUCUAGCAACAAGGAAUGUUUUUGUUGUGAUUGUGCAACUGAUGACACUGGCUAUGGCACAGACACAGACUUGAACUCGAGUCUUAUACAACGAGACAAUGGUUUGAAAUUUAAUCAAGCAGACUUUAAUGAUAUUGAUGAAGUUUUAAAGGGUAGCAGUUUUGAUAUAUCAAAAAGUUACACAUUUGAUACUAAUGGUAAAGAAAUUCAGAAGCUGGAAGAGGAUAUUGACAGUUUGUUUCAAGGUGUAAAUGUUAAUCAGAAAAAGUGUGAUAUUGAUGAUUUAGAAGUCGACAUUCCCUUUGAUAUUGAUAAUUGUUUUUCUGAGGGAGAGUUUAAAAUUGACAGUUUCAGUAGUGAAUAUGCUGAGAUUGCGGAUAUCGAAAGCAAAGAAAAUUCAAAGGAUUCUGUGAAACAUAAAGAAUUUUUGGAAUACACUGAAAUAAGGAAAACAUCAAGAACAAAACUUUGUGAAUGUGGGAAAAAAAUGAAUGCUUCUGGAAGACACUGUGUCCAAGUUGAUAUCAAACUGAAGCCAAACGGGCAUAUUGAAAAUGAGUCAACAACAGUUCAGUUAUGUGAACAGAUACUGGGAAUAGUUCCUGGUCAUUAUGGCUCAAGUCAGUCAGGAAAUAACAGUCAUAGAAGAAAGGAUAGAAGGGUGAAGAUACGUGGCCUAGUUCCUACUGGUGUAGCAGCUAAAUGUACACAAGUUAGAGUUGGGGACAAUUUGAUGUGCAUCAAUGAUCAGGAUGUGACAUGGGAUAAUUUGGAUAACAUUCUCAAAGUUCUGCUUUAUCAAAAACAGGCCAAACUGUUGAUAAAAAAGAAUUCCAAAGACAAAAAGUCUGGUUCCCUUCUUGUAAAAAAGAAAAGCCAGUCUUCAACAAGUAGACUGGUACAGCUUGUCAAUGGUUCCAACAGUAAUACUGUUACUAUUGAGAAUAUUGCUCAGGGAGAAUGGGAACCAUUCUAUGGAGCUAUGUAUCUUUCCUUGGAAGGAGUAAACUCUGACAAUAUGCAAGCCAAGGAGGAUAUUGUGUAUCAGUUCCCGAGGGUGGACAACAAAGUAAUAGCAUCACGAGGGAUGUUCAUCACUCUAGCUGGUACAAUUACUGAUGCAACUCAUUCUACUGUACAGAGUACAACAUUGAUGGUUAAUAACAGUGCAGUGCAUGUAGUGUAUCAUUGUGAAGGACAAAACUUGUUUGUUAUUUCUGCACCAGAAAAUAGAUUUUCACUCACUUCUCUGACUACACUUGUGAAAGAUCUUGUCCGUCUGCUACAAGUUACGCAUGGUUCCAUUCACCAAGCCUUCACCACUUCAGCCAAUCACAAUCAACUAGACUGCUUUUUUGCUUUACUGCAUCAAAAUCAGGUUUCACAGUCUACAAACACUGGCACAGUCAAAAUUGAAAAAUGCAGCCUUAGCCAGUCUGCCAAGAUAUUGCCCUUGCCAAAUGAGAUUAAGUGCUGUGCUGAUAGAGUGUUAACAGAUUUUGAGGCGGCUGACUUUGGAGAUAUGUCUGACUGUUACUAUGGUUGCAGAAGAAGCUACUCCAUUUUAGGAUCAUGUUUGUUUUACAAGAACUACCUCAUUUCUAAUCACUUACCCAAAGAUGACUUGGUAGAUUUUUCUACCUAUCUGAAGUACCACUCCCUACUAAACCUGAGCACAGACCAAUCUCUAGGACAGCUGGUUGUCUGGAGGGAGAUCCACCCAACGCGGCACUGUCAGGCCGUACCAGAGGAACAACAGUUUGGAUACACUGAGCCUCUAAUAGCACGAUGGUUUUGGCUGAUUGUUGGCUAUAAAAACCUGAUAAUGUGUGUAUCAUUGGAAACUGGAGGUUGUACAAAAGUUGUUGAUGGUGUAUCUCCACCAGAUCCAUUCCUCAUUGACCAAGCUAGAGCUGUUCUUAUGCAGUUAUAUAGUCAGAAUAUUGCCUCACAAUGUCAUAAUAGUUUGUCUAGUCACUCUUCCCUAUUUGUAACAACCCCUGAAGAUCUGAUUCAUCAGCAGCAACAAGGUCAUGAUCUUCUGUCAAGGUCACUGAAGAAAUUACCUCACAGAGAUUCAUCAAACUUAUUCAGUGUUGCUAAUGGUGUUACUGAAAAUUCAGGAUCAAUUAGACGGCUGAUGCAACGACGGAAAGAUUCUGUAGAAUCUGACAACUCCAGUGAAAGUAGUGGAGAAUCUUUGUUUAAAUUUUCCAAGAAAGGACGCCUGUUUCCAGAAACAGCAGAUUUGUUACACAAUAUCAGCGAGUCAAAAGAGGAUAUAGGCCCCCAUAACUCUAAAAGAAAGUUGACAGUAGGCAUUGAGAACUGCCUGUUCCAUUUCCAGUAUUUUGACAAUCUUGAGGGUGUCUUUGUAUCUUCUGAGGCAGAUGCCGGAGGGGUCAGUCAACUAAAUGAUGAAAUAUACAAGUGCUUCCAAACAGCUUGCCACAAAAUUAAACACAUGUUUGAUAGUGCUAGGAAAACAAAGGAACAAAGUAAAGACAGGAAACAACAUGUUUGUGGUUUGAAUGAUGACCUAGUUGAUGUGAGAGAGGAAGGUGUCAUGUUUACAUGUACAAACCAGGAUAAAAAAUCUCAACCAUUUUGUUACUGGGUUGUAGGGCGCUGUUUGUCAAGAUCAUUGCGGAGGAGGUUUAUGUUUGUUUCAUGA